ACCUAAUUUACCUUGUAAAAUUAUUGAAAAAUUAUACAAAAAUUAUUAUAAAUUAGGUUGCAAAUCUGGAAUUUUGAAUAUUAGUUAUAAUGGAAGUAAUUUAGAACCAAUAUCAUUAAAUAGUUUAUCAGAACUUAAUAAUAUUUCUAAUAAUAUCAUUAGUAUAAAGAGGCUUCAAGAUUACAAAAUAUUUCUGAAAUUGAAAUUUCUGACAUAA